UCGUGAAGUAAUACUGAGCACAAAUUACUUGUGUCCCAAACAGCCGUUGAGUGUUCCUAUAUCAAUCCGCCAUUUCCAAUACGGCGUCGUUCUCAUCGUCACUCUCUCUCCACCCUUCAUUUUAUUACAUUACAGGGCCAAAGCAAAAACAAAAGCAAAGCAAAAAGAUUGGAUGACGAUCUCUAGAGACAGUCUUUUGAAAUUUUAGCUCUGAAAUUUGGUUGUGAGUGAAGUAGGGUUUUGGUUUAGUAAUGGCGGAGAACAAGAACCGGUGGAACUGGGAGGUGAGUGGCUUCGAGCCGACGAAGACGUCGUCGUCGUCAUCCUCCACGUCGCCGUUCGACCGCCCCGAGGACCAGCGGCCAGCUGUUGCACCUCUGGUUCGGCGCUACUCGAUAUCUGCCACGUCGGUUUCGCCGCAUUCUCCGGAGAUUUCGAGGCAGGCGCUUGCUACUAAGGUUCAGCGAUUGAAGGAUAAACUUAAGCUAGCAAAAGAAGAUUACUUGGGAUUGAGGCAAGAAGCAAGUGAUCUGCAGGAGUACUCUAAUGCAAAGCUUGACCGAGUUACACGUUAUCUCGGUGUUCUUGCUGAGAAAACCCGUAAGCUAGAUCAAGUUGCCAUCGAAACUGAAGCUAGAAUAUCUCCACUGAUCAAUGAAAAGAAAAGAUUGUUCAAUGACUUGUUGACGUCCAAAGGAAACAUAAAGGUAUUUUGCCGCACGAGGCCAUUAUUUGAAGACGAAGGUCAUUCAGUUGUUGAAUUUCCUGAUGAUUGCACUAUUCGUGUCAAUACCCGUGAUGAUUCCAUCUCCAACCCCAAGAAGGAUUUUGAAUUUGACCGAGUUUAUGGACCUCAUGUUGGACAAGCUGAGCUGUUCAGUGAUGUACAGCCACUGGUGCAAUCAGCUUUGGAUGGAUUUAACGUUUCUAUAUUUGCUUAUGGGCAAACUCACUCAGGAAAGACGCACACAAUGGAAGGAUCAAGCCACGAUCGUGGUCUGUAUGCUCGCUGUUUUGAGGAAUUGUUUGAUUUAUCUAACUCGGAUUCAACUUCAACUUCUCGAUUCAAAUUCUCUGUUACAGUUUUUGAGCUCUAUAAUGAGCAGAUAAGGGAUUUGCUCUCAGAAUCAGGAAGCAGUUUAUCAAUGGUUCGCUUAGGAACGGCAGAAUCUUUUAUAGAACUUGUACAGGAAAAAGUUGAUAAUCCAUUGGAGUUCUCUAAAGUCUUGAAAUCUGCAUUUCAAAGCCGGGGAAAUGAUGUUUUGAAGUUCAAUGUUUCUCAUUUGAUUAUCAUGAUACACAUAUAUUAUAACAAUUUGAUCACUGGAGAAAACACUUAUAGUAAGCUUUGUCUUGUUGACUUGGCUGGAAGUGAAGGUCUGAUAACAGAAGAUGAUAGUGGGGAGCGUGUAACUGAUUUGCUGCAUGUCAUGAAAUCACUUUCAGCGCUGGGAGAUGUUUUGUCGUCCCUGACUUCAAGAAAGGAUAUUGUUCCUUACGAAAAUUCAAUGCUUACCAAAGUAUUUGCGGACUCUCUAGGUGGAAACUCAAAAACUUUAAUGAUAGUUAAUGUAUGUCCAAAUGCUGUGAAUUUGUCUGAGACACUAUCAUCUCUCAAUUUCUCUGCUAGAGCUCGUAAUGCUGUUCUAAGCCUUGGAAAUCGAGAUACAAUUAAGAAAUGGAGAGAUAUUGCAAAUGAUGCACGUAAGGAGUUGUAUGAAAGGGAAAAGGAAAUCCAAGAUCUUAAACAAGAGACUGUGGGACUAAGACAGUCGCUUAAAGAAGCAAAUGAUCAGUGUAUCCUACUCUACAAUGAAGUUCAGAAAGCGUGGAAAGUGUCUUUAACACUACAGUCAGAUUUAAAGUCUGAGAAUCUGAUGCUUGCUGACAAGCAUAAGAUAGAGAAGGAACAAAACGCUCAGCUCAGAAAUCAGGUAGCUCAACUAUUACAUUUGGAACAGGAACAAAAGAUACAGAUUCAACAAAGAGAUUCCAUAAUUCAGACAUUGCAGGCCAAGAUUAAAAACAUUGAAUCUCAACUCAAUGAAGCACUUCAUUCAAGUGAAGUAAGGUCAACACCUGGCUCAGCACCAGGACAUGCUCUGUCAUCAAUAUCCAAGGCAACUGAGGAUGGCAUGGAUUCUUCAGCAGUAACCAAAAAACUGGAGGAAGAACUUAAAAAACGUGAUGCUCUCAUUGAGAGGUUGCACGAAGAAAAUGAGAAAUUGUUUGAUAGAUUAACAGAGAAAGCAUCAGUAGUUGGUUCACCCCAGGUAUCAAGUCCAUUAUCAAAAGGACUAGUGAAUGUUCAGUCACGGGACUCGGCCCGGAAUGAUAGUAACAAUAAAGGACGCUCUAUGGAUGCUGUUCCUUCCCCAUUAUCUGCCGAGAAGACUGAAGGGACAAUGGCUUUGGUUAAAUCAAGUUCUGAUAAAGUUAAAUCUACCCCAGCUGGAGAAUAUCUUACUACUGCAUUAAAUGACUUUGACCCAGAACAAUAUGACAGCCUUGCUGCCAUAUCAGAUGGAGCAAACAAGCUUCUGAUGCUGGUUUUGGCAGCGGUUAUUAAAGCAGGAGCAUCUAGAGAGCAUGAAAUACUUGCUGAAAUCAGAGAUGCCGUCUUCUCUUUUAUUCGUAAAAUGGAACCUAAGAGGGUGAUGGACACCAUGCUUGUUUCACGUGUCAGAAUUUUGUAUAUAAGAUCGUUGCUUUCUAGAUCACCUGAGCUGCAGUCCAUCAAGGUUUCCCCUGUUGAAUGCUUUUUAGAAAAGGCUAAUUCUGGACGCAGUAGAAGCUCCAGUCGAAGUAGCAGCCCCGGAAGAUCUCCUGUGCGUUAUGUUGAUGAGCAGAUCCAAGGCUUUAAAGUAAAUAUAAAGCCGGAAAAGAAGUCCAAGUUAUCUACAGUCGUUUUGAGAAUGCGAGGAAUUGAUCAGGAUACUUGGAGGCAGCAGCAGGUUACGGGUGGAAAGCUAAGGGAAAUACAAGAGGAAGCCAAAAGUUUUGCUAUAGGAAAUAAGGCUCUUGCUGCUCUUUUUGUCCAUACCCCAGCUGGCGAGCUUCAGCGGCAAAUUAGGUCCUGGCUUGCCGAAAACUUUGAGUUUCUUUCUGUCACAGGAGAUGAUGCAUCCGGGGGAACCACUGGUCAGUUAGAACUUCUUUCAACUGCAAUUAUGGAUGGUUGGAUGGCGGGUCUCGGUGCUGCUCUGCCUCCAAAUACUGAUGCACUUGGCCAACUUCUGUCCGAGUAUUCAAAGCGGGUCUAUAAUUCUCAGUUGCAGCACUUGAAGGAUAUUGCCGGGACCUUGGCUUCAGAAGAGGCUGAAGAUGCAUCACAAGUGGCAAAGCUGCGAUCAGCUCUUGAGUCUGUUGAUCACAAAAGAAGAAAGAUUUUGCAACAAAUGAGGAGUGAUGUAGCAUUAUUAAUGUUGGAAGAUGGUGGUUCACCUGUUCGGAAUCCUAAUACUGCAGCUGAAGAUGCACGAUUAGCAUCUCUUAUUUCUCUGGAUGCCAUAAUAAAGCAAGUCAAGGAUAUAAUAAGACAAUCCUCUGUAAGCACCUUGAGUAGAAGUAAAAAGAAAGUGAUGCUCUCAUCUCUAGAUGAACUUGCAGAGCGGAUGCCUUCUCUUCUUGAUAUUGACCAUCCUUGUGCUCAAAGGCAAAUUGCUGACACUCGUCGUGUGGUUGAGUCAAUACCUGAAGAGGAUGACAGUAUUCUUGAAGCAUCCAAUGCUCGCAAACCAUCUGCAGAUAUGGGUUCUGGUACUGAAACUGAUGUGGCACAGUGGAACGUAUUGCAGUUUAACACGGGCUCAACAACCCCAUUUAUAAUAAAAUGUGGAGCAAACUCAAAUUCUGAACUGGUCAUCAAAGCAGAUGCCCACGUUCAGGAACCAAAAGGCGGCGAAAUAGUGAGGGUGGUACCGAGACCGUCUGUUUUGGAAAAUAUGAGCUUGGAGGAUAUGAAACAAGUAUUCUCCCAACUUCCCGAGGCACUAAGCUUGCUUGCAUUAGCAAGAACAGCAGAUGGUACACGAGCUCGUUAUUCUCGACUGUACAGGACUUUGGCGAUGAAGGUUCCAUCACUAAGGGAUCUAGUGGGUGAGCUUGAAAAGGGAGGAGUACUAAAAGAUGUGAAGUCAUGAAUGGUGAAGGGUGUGUAGAAAUUGUUGCUUGCCUUGUGAAGGAGUUCCAGUGAGGUAUUUGUUAUUGUAAUCUAUUGUGCCAUUUUAUUAUAUUAACGGAAAAGUGAGCUCUAUAAACUCAACGUGUAAUCUAUUAGUACUCAUUGUAUCUUUACACGCAUUGAUCAUUGCUGAUACUAAUCGCAAUUUUGUGUAAUCUAUCAAAUGCUGCGCUUGUGCAUCGCCUACGCCUUAUGAAUGGAAAUGGAUCACUUAAUUUUUUAA